AACAUGUGUUGGUAGAAAUAUGGAAAUUGUGAGGAGACUUUGGGAAAUUAUCGUCAGAUUCGUACACUUCUACCCAAAAUCGUGUGUGGGUUUUCAUGGUUUUAUGAGGAAACUCACGAGCUCAGUUGAGGAAACCGAACAUAUAUUCCCACACUGCUCGUAUCAGAGAGAAUGAUCGUGUCACAGCCCGUCACCGUCUCUCAAUGGUCAAGGCGACAGCUGAUAGUGAUGCUGCAGCCCUCAGCUUGCAAGCCCAUCAGACCAUCUCGAAGAACUUCGCCAAGUGCCCAGCAACGCUCGCUAUCAUCGAGCUCCCGUACAGAGUUGGCAAGUCGCAGGUAACGCUCGUCGUCUUGCAGGAUGAUGGGCGGGUGGAAACCCGCGAGGAGCGCGGCCCCCUGGGGUCGUGGUGGCCAAGCUCAGCCAAGUGUCUGUUACUGCAACAGAAGGAAUGCCCUUUGGAAUUUGCCCACCAAUGCAAGUCGGUGUGGUUGACCCCCUGUCGCAGCAGUGCUGCUAUCCUCAAGCCUGGCGAUGAUUCCUCUCCUGCGGCCUCCGACUUUGCUCUCUUGAAGGCGGUCACUGCUCAGAAGAAGGGGCCUUCUUUGGCCAUGCUGCGAUCGCCUAGUCGCCGAACUCGCACCGCGAUCAUUGAGCUGCCGGCGAGCCCUCUGGAUACGAAGCACUCAAGCCUCCUCAAGGCCAUGGGCCUCCGGGUCGUGGAUCACCAAGACUGUGGCCGUGUCCUCAUUGCAUCGAGAACAUUCAAGGACGGGGAGUGUAUUGUCUUUUCGAAAGUAACGAAGUACACUAUCGAGAGUCAUGCUGACAUCGACAAGCUUCGGCGGCGUGACCAUCCCGAGCACUGCUUCCUGACGAUAAUCCACGAGAGCCGUGGCGGUAUGUCUCUCUACUACAACAGGGAGACCUUCGACAUAGCAGACCCCAUCGGUGGUGGCGACCUCUGGUACUUGGUGAAUCAUUCGACUAGUCCGAAUGCCCAGCUUAGACCCCACGAUGGCGGUCUGCGCGUCAACGCCGUGAGGGACAUUUCUCCUGGUGAGCCGAUCACCUGGCGGUACCCCAACGGUUUCUUCAGCGAAGAGGAUGUGAUGAUAUCACUUCCCCGAGCGGUCAACGUGAUUGACGAUCCAAAAGCAUUCGGUGGAUGAUGCCUUGCA